UUAACUGGAGGGGGAGGCUGGGGACUGCUUCUGCCCCCUGUCCUAUGCUCCAGGAUGCAGCAGAGGCCCUGGAGGCUGUUUGGGGGCCCCAAGUCAGGGGGCCUCACCCAGAAGUUGGGGGGGCUGUGUCCCCACAGGCGCCCUCGCAGCUACAGGCCUGGUCCCCAGUGCAGUCAUGGCUCAUGUUCCUGUUCUUCAGCGAGGGAAGCCUGUUGAAAAAAGACAAAAAGGAGAAAAAAGAUAGAAAAGACUCACUUCCUCCAACAAGGGCCCUCCCGCCGAUCCCACGCCGUCCAGAGCCUGUGUAUUUGGCCCCAAGAUCAUCUAAAUACAAAUCAAUGAAGGAGGCUGCAGAGAGUUCAUACGUGGAUCCUAAAGACCUGCACCCUGGUCCUAGACGCCGCUCAGAGACCAAAUAUCCAAGUUCUGAUGGAGCAGGGGAAGCAGCCAAAUCCUCUGCUGAGAAGUCCUACAUCAGUGUGCUUCCAUCAUCACCUUUUUCUACAUCCUCUCCUCCAAAGCCCUACGUCAGUAUGCAGCCAGCACCACCUUUUUCUACAUCCACUCCUGAGAAGUCCUAUGUCAGUAUGCAAGGAGCACCAGCUUUUUCUACAUCCACUCCUGAGAAGGCCUACGCUGAUGUGCAACGGUCACCACGUUUUUCUAUGUGA